GAACAAAUUCAACAGGUAAAAGCAUAAUUAACGAAUGCAGGAAUGUUUGAAAUUUAUUUACAAAUAAGAUAAGACCAAAAAUGAUUUGAUGUCAAUAUCUUAGGCAUUAAAAAAAUGGCCAUAAGAAGCAUAAUAAUUUAGAUAGUAUUGUCUAAAUUCAAAGAUCUUUGUAUCCAAUGAAGUACCAAAACAUGUAUAUGUUGUAACAAAGGGUGAAUUCGUUUAAGUCAAAUAUGGUAUUUGUUUAAACUAAGAAACAUUAGUAAAGACUUAAUCAAAGAAUCCAUUAUCAUAUAUAAGUAAAAUAUUUGCUUAAGAACCUUAAAUAUAGAAAUAGCUUCGUGUAAGAUAAUGAAUAAUAAUUAUCUUUAUAGACUUUCAAGAUGAUGGAUGUGAUUGGGAUGGAUGAAAUUUACAACGAUAAUUAUACUUAUGAUGUUUUUUGUAAUUCAACAAUUGGAGAAGUCUUUUGUAUAAAGAAAUGUGUUUUUGAGAAAAUCAUUCCAAAUCAAACAAUGAAAAAGAAGAACCUUUAAAUAACGAUAGAAAAUAAACCAUGUCAAAUGAUUGAAAUUCAUUCAGCAAAAGGAGCAACACCAAUUAAUAGAUUGCAAUUAGGUGAAAUACCAAGAUAACCUGAAGAAAUCAGUACACAUCGUCAUGAAAAGAGAACUAUUGAUUUUACAGCUUUUAAAUAAAUUAAACCAUAGCAUGUUGUUUAAUAACCAAUUGUAGAAGAAUUAGAAGAACCUCCUCUAAAUAACAGAUUUUUUAGUGGUAAAAAUUAAAUUAAACUAUAGAUUGAUUCAGCUUAAAUAUAUAUAAUUUUAUUAUUAUUCAUUUUUAUUAAAAGCUUUAUGUAUAUCUAUUAUAGUAUUUCAGAGUCUGUCUUAAUUUCUCAAAUACAAUAGAAUACUUAUCACUGAAGUUAUAAAUUGUUUAAUAAUUUAUAUUUAUAUUAUAAUAACUAUGUCUAACCACCGUAAUCUUAAAGAUUUAUUUCCAACUAAACUCAAUUUAUUUAAGCCCAAAUCUGUAAUAUAAGAUCUUAUUAUAAUAAGGAAUUAUAAAAUGAGCAUCCUAAACAAACCAGCAAAUCUCCAUCAGGAUUAAGUUAAUUUGCUACUUUUUUUUAAAUUGCUUAAAAGACUACUAAAAAUAGAUAAACUCCAUCUUCUUAAAGGAGUGCAACUCCUACUAAAGUUAAGAUAAUUUAAUUGAAUAUGUAAAAAUAAGAUUAAUCACAUUAACAAAUUAAAUAAAAGCAUUCUAGAAAUUAGAGUGCUACAAAUAUUAAUAGUAGUAGAAACAAUUCUUUUAUUAAGGAGAAAUAGGAUAAUUAAUUUUAAAAUGCAAGUUCUCGAGGUCCUAAUUUUGCAUUAUCUAAGUUUAUGUCUUAACAUUAUUAUUAAGACACAUAAAUAUAAUCCCAAAAUUAACCAAAAGAUCAAUCCCCAUUAAAACCCUCUUUUUACGAUAAUCUUGAUAUUAUUAAUAGAAAUACUGUACAGAAAAAUUCUCAAUCUCCAAAUACCACAGUACAAAAAAUCUCUCCAUUUAUUUAACCAAAAUUUGCUAGUGUUCAUUAAAUUAAAAAUCAAGAUCACUUAUUCAAGUAAUAAAAUAGUUUAGUUAAAGAAAAUAAACCUAUUGAAAAGUUAUCUCAAAUUAUAAAUGAAGUGCCUUAGAUAUAUUUAAAAUAGUAAGAAUUCUAAGUUCCUAAUAAAUUCAAAUAUUCUAAAGGCUAUGAGAAUCUAUUUAAUUCAAUGAUGAAUAUUUAACAUAAUUCUAGAUAUGAGAAUUCUAAGAGUGCAAUAAAAAAGUAUGAAAAAUUGGAUUCAUAAAGUGAUAAUGAAGAGGAAUCUUUGAUGGUAGAUUGUAAUAUUUAAGUAAAUAAGAACAGUUUUUAAUUUCAUUAUGUUAUUGGAAAGGGUGGAUUUGGAAAAGUUUGGAAAGUUGAAAUAAAGAAAUCUAGAUAAUUUUAUGCAAUGAAAGAAAUGUCAAAAGCAAAAGUGAUAGCUAAGAGAAGUGUUAAUUCAGUUAUGAAUGAACGAAAUCUUUUAGCAUAAUAUAAACAUCCUUUUUUAAUAAAUAUGAAUUAUUGUUUUUAAGAUAGACAUAAUUUAUAUUUGGUUAUGGAUUUAUUAACAGGAGGUGAUUUGAGAUAUCAUAUUGGUAAAAUGAGAAGAUUUAAAGAACAUCAAACUAAAUUCUUUAUAGCUUGUGUUUUAUUAUCAUUAGAAUAUUUACAUAAUAAUAAUAUAAUUCAUAGAGAUCUUAAACCAGAAAAUUUGGUACUAGAUAAAUAUGGAUAUGUUAGAUUAACUGAUCUUGGAAUAGCAAGAAUGUGGAAGCCAGAUAAUUCAUAAGAUACUAGUGGUACUCCUGGAUAUAUGGGUAUCUAUAUAUUACAAAAGCAUUUUUAGCUCCUGAAGUAAUGUGUAGAUAAAAUCAUACUAUUGCUGUAGAUUAUUUUGCUCUAGGAAUUAUGGGUUAUGAAUUCAUGUUAGGAAGAAGACCUUAUAAUGGAAGAUCAAGAUAAGAAAUUAGAGAUCAAAUUCUUACUAGAUAGGUCUAAAUUAAAAAAUCUGAAGUUCCUAAUGAUUGGUCCAUUGAAGGAGCUGAUUUUAUUAACAAAUUAAUAUAAAGAAAACCAAUCAAUAGAUUAGGUUUUAAAGGACCAGAUGAAGUUAAAAAUCAUCCUUGGCUUAGAAAUUUUCCAUGGACAAAACUUUUAAAUAAAGAAAUCUAAUCUCCCUAUAUACCAAAAGUAUUAAAUGAUAUUUUAUCAUUUAGGAAAUUGAUGACAAUAUUGAAUAUUUAAAUUAAAUUAGUGAAGAUAAUGAAAGCUAAGAUGAUUUGAUUAAAGAAAAUAAAAUCCUUCUUAAGAAAAAUUCUGUCUAAAAUCUAUUUAGUGGUUAUAGUUAUGAAAAUAAUCUCUCCAGAAAUACAAAAAGCACUUCUAGUACAUUUUUUUUAGGAUGA